UUUUUCGCAGGCAGCGUGAAACGCUGCAGCCGCGAGCCCGGGCAGCCUGCAACUCACAUUUCGCACGACUACGCCGGCGGCGGACCAUCGGUGCGGUCCGGAAAGGGGCGGAACCAUGCAUUAAAGAAGGCUGCUCCCAGGGCAGCAGCACAGCCUCAUCUCAGGAACAGCCUGCGAGGAGAAGAAGGCGCGCGUGCCAUAAUGCGGAGCACAUGCUGCGCAUUCGUCGGCGUGACGACGGCCCAGCUCCUCGUGCCGCCGAAGAAGAUGGUCUUUCGGACGCGCGACCCGCUCACGAACACCACCAGUAACAACUGGCGGAAGGCGUUAGCCAUAGACGGCUUCCCGACCUUCAUGGGAGUGGCCGAGGCCCACGAAAAGGCGGACGACGACGUCCUGGCGGCGAUGCGCUGGUUCAUCGUUCCCGAGACGGGCGUCGUGCUGCUCAAUCCAUUGGUACCAUUACACUACAUCUACCGGCACCAGCACAACGCCGUCGUCGGGAGCGUCUGGUCGCGUCACCAUAAUCAGUUCGCGCAUCUGGUCGCGACGCACGCUCCUUCCGGACAUAUUUUGGAGAUCGGCGGCGGCCACGGCUAUUUGGCGGCGAAACUGUUAUUUUCCGAGGCCGUGAAGCGCAGUGCCCAAAUCAAAUUGUCGCCGUGCGUCCGCCACUGCUGAAUCAAGACCUCCACGCCAUCGACGCGACGUCGGCUCGAUGGCGUGGCGGUGUGGCGGUGUGGCCUUCACGCCAUCGACGCGACGCCGCCUCGAUGGCGUGGCGGUGUGGUCUUUCACCGAUCGACUCAGCACGGCCGAAACAGGACUCACUGCUUGAUGUGCGCGCAGGUCAAGCACUGGACGAUGGUCGACCCGAAUCCCG